GGAGACAACCAUUUGUGGAGUAAAGCCUAUCACAUGUUCAAACUAUUUAACCAAAGGAUUACAGCAUGACUGCCUGUGAUUUUCUUUCUUUAUUGCUGCAUUAAGUAGCAAUGAGUAAAUCUUCUAAAUUAUGCCGUAAGACUGCUUGCCCACGAAGCAAUAUAUUCUGUAAUCUCAUUGACAAAAUUGUUAAAAGACCCUCCUUGCAGUUUUUGGGUCAGUGGGGAUAUCACUGCUACGAACCUAGAAUUUACAGAACACUGGCAAAAAUUCUGACAUAUGUCGACCUGGAUGGGUUUGACAGACUACUCACAGAUUACAUUGCAUUUGUGGAAAAAUCAGGAUACCGUUUUGAACUAAAUUUUAACCUCGAAUUUACUGAAAUAUGUGUGAAUACAAUCCUGUAUUGGGUUUUUGCCAGAAAAGGUAAUCCUGACUUUGUGGAAUUGCUUCUCAAGAAAACAAAAGACUAUGUUCAAGACAGAAGUUGUAACUUGGCACUGAUAUGGAGAACCUUCACACCAGUUUACUGUCCAAGCCCACUACGUGGUAUCACACCUCUACUUUAUGUAGCUCAGACAAGACAGUCAAAUAUCUUAAAAAUACUCUUGCAAUAUGGAAUCUUAGAAAGAGAAAAAAACCCUGUCAACAUUGUCUUAACAAUAUUGCUCUACCCUUCAAGAGUAAGAAUAAUGAUUGAUCAUGAAUUGGUUGACAUGCAGGAAGAUGCCAAAACAUGUCUAGUGUUAUGUUCCAGAGUGCUCUCUGUCAUUUCAAUGAGGGAAAUAGAGACACAACUGAGUUUAGGAAGACAUCCAAUUAUUUCAGAUUGGUUGGAUUACAUUCCUUCAACAAGAUACAAAGAUCCAUGUGAACUAUUACAUCUUUGCAGAAUAACCAUCAGGACUCAACUAUUAGCCAACAAUAUGCUCCCAAAUGGAAUAUUUUCACUACUAAUUCCAGUUCGUCUACAGAACUACCUGAAUUUAGAAAGCUAAUAAGCAUCUAAGUUCUUUAGGGAUGUUCAUCAUUGUAUGGCUUAGAAAUU